AUGACAUCUGCUUACAUCAAUGAAGUAAGAAAAAAGCAGAAAGAGUAUUUAAGUUACUUAUUCGGAAAGUUCGAACAGUAUUGUAAUGAAAAGGUUUUAAACAGUUUAAUAAAUAAGUCAUUAAACGAAAUUGCCUUAUACCCUUUUCAAGAUGUGAAUGACAAUGAAGUUGUGAAUGAUAUUAAUGAGUAUAUAAAUGAGUUAACCAUAAAUGCAGAAUAUAAGAAGAAAGAUAUUUUUAAAUAUUUAUGUGAACAUUUUUUAAAUGAUAAGUUUUAUAUUUAUAAUGAAAAGGAUAGAUACGAGUUAAAGUUUAUUAUUUUAAAAUUAUUAUUUUUAAUAAGUGAAAGCUCGAAAAUAGAAAAUUCCCAAGUUAUUGAUUCCUUAUAUGGUAAAUAUUUUAACAAUAAGAAGCAAAAAGAAGCGAAUACGUUAUUAAAUAUUAACGAACAAACAGCUUUAAAAGAUAUAAAUAAUUUUAAUAUUGAGGAAGAAAAAAUAUAUCUGAACGAGUUAUAUGAAACGGAUGAUCAAAACACAAGAUUUACUUCGUCGGGAGAAGAGGAAGAAGAAGAAGAAGAGAAGGACUAUAAUGCAAAUAAAAGAGAAAUAGUGAAAAAUGAAAGAGAUCAAAAUGACAACCAUUUAAAUAAUAUAUGUAUUGAAGUAAAUAAUUAUAAAGAUAAACAAGAAGAUACUAAUACAGGAUACAAUUUUAACAGUUUUUAUGAAGAGAAAUAUAGUUAUUAUGUUGAUAAUUAUAUGAAAAGUAAAAACGAAUUAACAUAUGAAAAUGUCAUUAAAAAGAUAUGCGACUGUAUUUACAAAUAUCCGCAUUAUAAAAAUGUGAAGGAUAAAGUAAAGGGCUCUAGGAAUAAUCUCUCAAGACAUAAUAAUAAAAGUGUCUACGAUUAUGAUGAAUAUGAUGAAUAUGAUGAAUAUGGUCAAUAUGGUCAAUAUGGUCAAUACGGUGAAUAUAGAGAAUAUGCUGAACGUGAUAAAUAUGGUAACGGCGAUGAGCAUGUUAUGGCUUCUAAAAACCGAAAUAGUAGAUAUUACAAAAAUUACGGCAUAUAUGAUGAUUAUGAGAAUGAUAAUAAGAAGCACCUCUACAGUAACAGUUUAAGUGAAACAUCUGAUGAAGAUAAUAUACUCAUAAGUUUAAAAAAAAGACAGAAAAAAAAAAAAAGCAAAGAUUCCUUAUUCACGUCCAGACCAAAAGAACAGUAUUUUUUUAAUAAUAUAAACUUGUUUGACGAAGAGAAUUAUGAAAACAUAGAAAGUGAUAGGAAUAUUAUAUACGAAACGGAUAUAUAUAAUUUGCAUAAUGUAUUUAUGACUGAUAUAAUGUAUGAUGAAAAUGCAAAAGAAAAGGAAGAUCGAGGAAGGGAGAAUUUUGAUAUAACUGAUAAUAACUACAAUAAUGUAAAUAACAGAUAUAUUAGCAAAAAAGGAAUAGGAGAAACAAAUAAAACAUCUGACACAUUUGAAGCAUUUGAGAAAAAUAUAAUUAAUGAAAACAUGUAUUACAGUUAUUCGAAUGAGGAAAAUAACGAUAGUAGAAUACUAGCAUACAAGUGGAACAGUACCACUGAUAAUGUACAAACCGAAAAUUCGAAUUAUUACGACAAAUUAAUUGUCGAAGAAGGUAAGAAUAUGCAUAAUAACAGGAAUAAAAUUUUAAAGGGGGCAUAUAUGACGAAGGAAAAAAGGAAUAAAAAGAAGAAAAAUACAUUCUACGUAAGUGAAAUAUUUGUAAUAAAAGAAAUUUUAAUGAUAUUAUCUUUUAAUUGUCCAAUUAAAUUUAAAGAUGAUUUUUUUUCAAAUUUUUCUGAUUUUUUAUUUAACAGUGUAAUGGAUAAGAAUAAAAUAAAAGAUGAUUUCUUAUUCUACAUUGAAAUAAAAAAAAAAAUCAAAAAGAGGAAUAUAAAUAGCAGCCAGAUAAGCAAUUAUGAUAUUGUUAAAUACCAUGCAGUUAUAAACAGAAUGAUGAAAGUUAAAUUGUAUAACAUAAGAGGAAACACUUUUAAGAACUAUUUAAAGAAAAUGAAAAAAGUUAGCAUAAAAUUAUUUUACUUGCACAUUUUUAUAUUCCUUGUUCAUAAAUUUCGUAACUUUUUUUUUUUUUUACCUUGCAAGUUAAGGUAUAUUUUUAAUUACAUUAUUUACAUUAGGGAAAAUGUUAACAAUGAUGAGAGUAAGAAAGGUUUUUUUUUCCAUUUUGAUCAAAUUAGCAUGAUUAAUAGUAGCAGAUGUAGUAAUAACAAAUAUAGUGAUAACACCAACAUGUUCUAUCAAGGCAAUUUUCUAGACUGUUUUAUAAACUCAUUGAAAAAUAUUUAUUCUGAAUGGACAUGUAUAGUAGAUAUACUUUACAAUUAUCACGCAUUGCUAAUAUUAAGGCAGUACAACAUUACCCCUAUUAAGGACGAGCACAUUUGGGAAUUUAUACAAGGCAUACACAAAAUAAGUAUUAUAGAUUUUUUAAAGGUAGACGACUUUGUUAAUUUGAAAAAAAAAAAAAAAAAAAGAAAAAAAAAAGGAAGAUAUGAUAAGAGUGACGAGAACGACAUAUAUGAUAAAGAUGAUAUAUAUGAUAAAGACGGUAUAUAUAAUAAUGAUGAUAUAUAUUAUAAUGAUAAUGCACGUUUUAAAGACAACAUAUAUUGUAAAGGUAGAAUAUAUAGUAAAGAUUGCAUACAUCACAAUGAUGAACAUAAAGAGCAAAAUGGAGAGCAUAACAGGAAGGAAAACUUUGAUAAAGACAAUAUAUCAAGUUUCAGGUCACUCAGUUUGAUACAUCUAUAUUUUAUGUUAAAUAAAUAUUUAUGUAUGUGGAAUAAUUUAUACGAUUUUAUCAAUUAUGUUUUAUCCUAUUUACUGUAUAAUAUUAAUAUAAAUGAUUAUAUGUAUUUUAAUAUGAACUAUGACAAUGCAAAAAAGUUUUGUGUCUGUUAUGAUAUGAUUUUAUUAUAUUGGAGAAAUUGCCAAAUUAUGAACAAUAAGACUAUGGAAAAAAUAUUUCGAUAUUUGUUGAAUGAUUUAAACAUAUAUUAUUCGAAUCACAUAAAUACUUGGAUAAAGAAAGGAGAAAUUGAUGAUAAAUUCAAUGAGUUUUUUAUAUAUUCUGAAAGCAACUACGACGAAGAACAAUAUGGAAACCAUAUGUUGUUUAUUAAGAAACAAAAUGAUUUUAUAUUAUGCCCAGAAUUUUUUAACUCUUUCGUCUUUUUUCUAAUAAGUUUAGGAAAUAAUAUUAGACUGUAUAUGAAAAUUAAUAAUGAAAAGAACAAUAUUGACUAUAUUGACUAUUACUUAAAGGAACAAAAAAAAGAAAGACAAAGAACAAAAUUGGAGGACAAGCAUGACACAAAUAGUACAUUGCAUCAUCAUUAUUAUUAUUAUAAUUCCAAUGAUAAUUAUCCGUAUUCAUGCAUGGAUGAGACUGUUAAUAAUGAUGCUUUGACGAACGAUGAGUAUACAUUCCAUGAUUUCAUUUUCUUUGAAGAAGGUGUAGAUCUUUCAAAAAGGCUACAUGAAAAUACACUUAAUUAUUACUACAAUAUAGAGAAUAUAAAACAGGUUCAUGGUACCUCACUAGAUAUAAUAUCAGAGUUUUUAAGAACAAAUGGAAAUAAUAAAAAGGCGGGUUUGCCAUAUUUUAAUAAAAAUAUUAUGUCAUUAAAUGUGCCUUAUGAUAUGUUUAUUAAGAAAUUUUUUCAAGAGCAAUUUUUUAAUUUUUAUGUUAAAAGUAAUCGUAUAUUUUUAUGCAGUUUAAUGAAAUAUUGCUAUCUUUUAGAAUACUUUUGUUGCUUGCGUAGUUUAGUAUUUCUAGAAAUUAGUGAUUAUAUUUCACCAUUCUUUGAAUUUAUUUUUAAACAAGUUUCUUCCCCUAUUAUUGAUGAAAGAAAUAUGAACACCACAUUUAGACAAUGCAUACUUCAUAACAGUCGUCAGACAUACCCCAGGAUCAAUAAAAUAACAAAUGAUACUUACUCAUGUCCCGCAUUUUUGCAUAAAAAGUUUAUUAUUCUCCAUAUGAAAAUAUUGCGAUCUAAAGAUACUGAUUGUAUGCAUGAAAAAAAUUACAGCGAUAAAAUAAUUUUAAAUUGUGUUAAUGGAAGAAAGAAUUUGAAAGAAACGCAUAGAAAUUACCUCUAUAACGGAAAAUGCACAAAAAAGACGAAGAAAAAAAAUAUUAUGAUAGGAGAAUAUAAAAUUAACGAAAAUUAUGUAACGUCUACUUAUUGUAACCAUACUAUGGGGAAUAAUUUGAUAAGUAGUAAUGUAGAUGGGGAAAAUCUUACUCAUAUGAUACAUAUCACUCCUGAUGUAUUGUCAAUGGAUGGUAAGGUUGAAAGGGCUCCUAUGAAGGAGCAUAAUAAUUAUCAUCAAAAUUUUGCAGAAGAUGCAAACAUUUGUAAUAGUGGAACCCUGAAGAAGGGGAAAGAGAAUUAUAAUAAGGAGAGGGAAAACAGGAAUGAUAGAUAUGAUUAUGAGAAUAGUAGAAUUGGCAGUCGUAGCAGUGGCAGUAGUAGAAAUGGCAGUAGUAGAAAUGGCAGUCGUAGCAGUGACAACUUUGUUGAGAGCAAUGCAAAGUACGAAAAUCCAAAGGAAUCCUUAUCGAAAAACUUAAUAAAUAAUUUUUACAAAGAAGAUAUAAUAAGUAGCAUAUUGAAAAAGUUUUAUUUUAAACUAAAGGAAAAUAAAAUAUAUAAUAACAACAUAAAUGUUAUAAAUUAUAGAAAUUUGAUUAUAGAAACCAAUGGGGAUCCUUUUAUAAAUUUGUUCUUUGAUUCAAAUUGUUUGGAAAAGUAUUCAGCUAUUUUUUCUUUUUUUUUAGAAAUUAAAAAGUCCUUACAUAUAUUAAAUUUGGUUCACAUAUUUUAUAAAUAUGUAAAAAACAAAAAAGUUAUAUGUUAUGAUAAUUUUCAUAUUAUUAUUUGCUCAUUAUGUAUUUUGAAGUAUAAAAUAUACUUUUUUUUAAACACCAUUUACACUUAUUAUCAAUGGGUUUUAAGUUCCACUUGGAAUAAUUUUGUAUACACAUUAUCAAAAGCCAAAUCCUUGUGUCACAUAAAAAAUUAUCAUGAAUUUUAUAUCAAUUUUUUAAUAGAAACAUUGUUAGUUCCAAUUUGUACGCAUCAUGAGGAGUUAUAUAACUUUUACGUGAAUAAUGAUAAUAAAAAUAAGAUGCCAUAUAAGCAAUAUGCAGAUAAAUUUUUUAACUAUGCCAUGAGUAUAAAAAAAAAAAAAAAGGAAGAUAACAAAGAUGAGGAAGGUGGAGGAGAUGAGGAAGAUAAAGAAGAGGAGAAGCUACUCAAACACCCUACUUUAUGCAGUACAAAUAUUGUCACCAUAUUAUAUAACAAUCAGGACAAAAAUAAAGCGCAUAAUAAGCAACAAAAUCAUGAGAAGAAAAGCCAGAAUAUAAUUGGCGAAAAAAGCGAUGACACUGAUCAGGAUAUAUUUUAUAGGAAAAAUAUGAAGAAACGUGUAAAUUCCUUUCCUCAUAGUUCAAUUGACAAAAAAUUUUUAUUAAAUGAACUAUUUUCUAACAACAUUUUAAACUUAUUAUUCAUACCUUCACAAAUAUACGAAAUUUUGCAAAAACUGAGUAAUUUAUGUAAGAUUAAUUUUGACAUAAAUUUCGACAACUCUUAUGACUAUACUUUUGAGAAAGAUAAAAAGGAUGAUUAUGAUGCGGUAGAUGAGGAGGAAGAAGACGAUGAAGAAGACGAAGAAGAAGACGAAGAAGAAGAAAUAAAGAAAGUAAAAAAUAAAAUAAUAAACGGUAUUAAUGACACGACAGGUGCUAGUAAAACGCACAAGGUAAACUUUGUGGAUGAUUUGAAACAUUUAGAGAAAGAGCAACUAAUGUUUUCUAUAAAGAACGAUAUAAAAACACUUUCAAACAUUUUCGAAAUCCACUUUUCAGAGUUUAUGUUGAAAUUAAAUAUCAUUUCUUUUAAUGUAGAGGAAAACAGUUUUUUCGGACCAAAUAAGGACUCGAAGCUAUUUAACCACAUAAUUAGAUUAGAUAAAAAUAUUUUAAAAGAAGUUUCAAUAUUACAAUAUAUGUUAUCUUUUCAAUCAUUUAGUAAUGACCCAAAUGACACUACAUACUGUCUACUUUGA